UUGAUGAUCAUGUAACGUAAUGAAAAAUAUCCAAAAAUCAUUCAUCUUCCUCUCCCAAAUUUGACCAUGCAAAUCCAUUGGUCCUAAAUCAUCAGUUCCCCAUUACGAAAUUUGAAAAGAAAAUGAUUUGUACAGCGCAAUCCGAAUCGGAGGGAAAAUGACAAGAAAGUGGGGCAGUUUUGUGAGAGAGAAAUUCAUUGCUUUUUAGAGAGUUGUGCGCGUGUGGGUUUUACACCUUUCUUCUUUCCUGGUGGCCGUCCGCCAUUGUUGUUCUUGAGUGAGCUUCUUAUUGUUCUUCUGGGUUUGUUUUUAGUGGCGGUGUGGUAGAGGAAACUGCUGUGGAUUUGUGAGUUUAAGAGGGUUUUUGGAGAUGGGUUCUGCUAGGUUUAGCAGAUGCAGGACCAUGGAAGCUCUGGUCGCCAUUUUUUGUGUUUUGGGGCUGGUUUCUGUGUGCUGUGCGGCGAGGAUGGAAUCUGCUUCCCGCCAGAAGCUUGAGGUUCGAAAACACCUCAGGCGCUUGAACAAGCCGGCUGUUAAAACCAUCGAGAGCCCAGAUGGGGACCUAAUUGACUGUGUUCAUAUGUCUCAUCAACCUGCAUUUGACCAUCCUUUCCUUAAAGACCACAAAAUCCAGACGAGGCCAACUUUUCAUCCAGAAUGGCUAGAUGAGAGCAAAGUAGCUGAGAAAGCCAGUGAAAAACCGAAUCCAAUUAAGCAACUAUGGCAUGUUAAUGGAAAGUGCCCUGAAGGUACCAUCCCCAUUAGAAGAACCAAACAUGAGGAUGUUUUGAGAGCAAGUUCAGUGAAGAGAUAUGGAAGAAAAAAGCACAGAUCAGCCCCAAUACCCCCUAGAUCUGCUGAGCCUGAUCUCAUCAACCAAAGUGGCCAUCAGCAUGCCAUAGCUUAUGUAGAAGGAGACAAGUAUUAUGGAGCUAAAGCCACUAUGAACGUGUGGGAGCCCAGCAUUCAACAGCCAAAUGAGUUUAGCUUAUCACAGAUUUGGAUAUUGGGAGGCUCUUUUGGUGAAGAUCUUAAUAGCAUUGAAGCUGGUUGGCAGGUCAGUCCCAAUCUCUACGGUGAUAACAACACGAGACUCUUCACAUACUGGACGAGUGAUGCAUAUCAAGCUACAGGCUGUUACAACCUCCUCUGCUCGGGCUUUAUUCAAAUCAACAGCGAUAUCGCGAUGGGAGCAAGCAUUUCUCCAGUCUCGGCGUUCCGAAAUUCGCAAUACGAUAUCAGUAUACUUGUCUGGAAGGAUCCAAAAGAGGGGCAUUGGUGGAUGCAAUUUGGCAAUGGCUACGUAAUGGGAUAUUGGCCUUCAUUUCUAUUCUCAUAUUUAGCAGACAGUGCCUCCAUGAUUGAGUGGGGAGGUGAAGUGGUAAACUCCGAGCCAAAUGGACAGCACACUUCAACACAAAUGGGGAGCGGCCAUUUCCCAGAUGAAGGAUUUGGGAAAGCAAGCUAUUUUAGAAACAUUCAAGUUGUUGAUGCAUCAAACAAUCUCAAACCACCAAAAGGCAUUGGCACAUUCACAGAGCAGCCUGAUUGCUAUGAUGUUCAAACAGGAAGCAAUGGGGAUUGGGGCCACUUCUUUUACUAUGGAGGCCCUGGUAGAAACCCCAAUUGCCCAUGAAUGAAGGUGAAAUUCCCAUUUUACCCUCCAAACUCUUCUUCUCUCUCUCUCUGUAAACUACUACCUCUUAGAGCUAGUGUUAGGGGGGUGCAUGUGUCAUUUUCUUGCUGAUGGAAAGUUUUGGGUCUCUGGGUCAUUGUCUUUUAUGUACAAAGAUUCUGUAGCCAUGUAAGUGGUGGGGUAGGGGUAGGGUAAGGGCCCCAAGUUUCUUAAAAGCCCGAUAGAAACAGGGCCUUUUGGCUAUCAGUUCAUGAUGUGUGUGUAUUUUAUUAGUUUGUUUAGUAUACUCCUCUCUUUGGAGUUGCUUUAUUAAUGAAGAAUCAAUGGAUUUUGAUUGUUGUA